UUAUGGGUAUUAGACCCUUAUCAGAUACAUGAUUUAUAAAUAUUUUCUCCCAUUCCAUGGGUUGUCUUUUUAUUCUAUUAAUAGUGUUCUUUGAUGCGCAAAAGUUUUUAAUUUUGCUAAGUCCAGUUUGUCUAUUUUUACUUCCAUUGCCUGUGCUUUUGGUGUCCUAGCCAUGAAAUUAUUGCCAAAUCCAUUGUCAUGAAGCUUUUCCCCUGUAUUUUCUAAGUGUUUUAUAGUUUUACUCUUAUGUCUAAGUCUUUGAUCUCAUUUCGUUUUUUUAACAUGAACUAAUUAUGCAUGUAUCAAGGCUUUGUAUGGCUCUAAAGUCAGAAAACCAAGUCAUACUAAUGACAAUUAUUAGAACCAUUGUGUUUAUUCGCCAAGUUAUUCCGAGUGUAAUGGAAAAUAAAAGCAUAAGCUUUGGUGUUAAUGUCUGAGCAUCAGAGUGUGAGUUCUAAUCUGCCUGCCACUUACUAGUUGUGCAGCUUGGGCAAGUUGUCUCGCCUAGAACACGGUGGUAGUGGUAAUUACCUUAUAGGAUUGUUAGGAAGAUUAAGUGAUCAUGUAUAUGUAGAACAUUCUGUACUGCUCAUAGGAGAUAGUAAGAGGCCAAGAAACAUGAGAAAAUACUAUUUUUUAGAACUUUUAAAACUGAAGUGGAAAAAAAAUUGGUCAGAUGUGAAUAUGCCUGAUUUGGAACAAGAGAGGCAAUUUCUUAAAUAUGUGGCAUCUUAUAUUCUUUAGUAUGUCCUAUGGUCUGGCCAGGCCAUUGUUACCUCCAUAUUUGCAUUUAUGGGUGAAGAGUAGAAUCAGCUUCCGUGACUACUUGGAGAUUUUAGGACUCUAUGCUGUGUGGGUGUUAGUUGGUUUGUCUGUCUGUGUAUGUCUGUCUUCUUCACGGGUAUUUGACUUCUGUGUACCAGGCUCUUUGGCAUUUAGGGUACAGAGAUGAAAAGACAGGGCCCUUGCCUUCAAGGAACUCCUGUUCUGUUGAAGGGCAGAUAACCAGACAGAUGAUAAUAAUACGGUGUGGUGUGGAUGUGAAGAGAAGAUUGUAAAGUUCAGGCAAAGAAGCAAUACUUCUAGGAGGUUCUCCAUGGACCAGGACUGGUGGAUGUCAGUUGCUUACUGAAUGUUUUUUGGAAGAACUGAAAGAAUGGUACCCAAAUGAGCUGUCUUAUGAAAAGGAGAGCUAUCGUCUAUCUCUGGUAAGUCUAGUGAGAGACCCAAGACCUGAACUUGAUAGGUCCAUAAUUUGAGAAGCCAGGCUUUGGGAGUCUGGUUCUUUGGAAAGAGCUUUUAGCACUGCCACUUUAUCCAGCAGAGUAGGGGCCCAGACUUGCUAAAAUGCUUAUCCUAUUUCUGCCAGUCUGGGGUUUUCAAAAGUAAAAUAUGGGAGCAGCUAGAGAGGAGAUGGGUAGAAGCUAAAGAAGCUAGCAUCAGUGCCUCCAGGCAGAUGGGCCAACAGUGCAUGGGGUAAGUCCACUUCUAUAAAUCUAGGCCUGCUGGUUGCUGGGCAAAGCUGAGCAUUGCUGUGUAGAAUAGGCUGGGUGCCUGGGCUCAGGGCCUGUCCAACUGAUUUUCAGCUCUGAUCCCUCAGGGGAGCCUCCCCAGGCCUACACUUCUGCGCUGGUACCUGGCACGAGGGGAGACAUCUGAUUUAACUGGACUGGGCCUUUCAUCUCUACCACCCCCCAGCCCAACACAGAACCUGACACAGGAUGGGGGCUUCGGUGAAUAUUUAUUGAACAAAUGAUUGAAUCAGUGAAACUGCAGAGAUCUCCCAUGGCUCUUAUAUGGGAGGCAGACUGUCCUACUUGUGACGCUGCCCUUUCUAUUUCUCAGGUUGCAAGGGGCAAACAUACUUAUCAAGCACCUGCUGGUUGGCAGACACUGUACUGGGUGCUUGUGCCUUUAUCAUCUUUUUUAAAAUCUUACAACAACCCUAUAAUUAGGUAUUAUUCCCAUUUUACAGAUGAAAACCCUGGGUGUUGUGAAUAUGUCAUGUCUCAGGUCUAAAACAACUGUUAAGUGCCAGUUCAGGUCAAACCUGUCUUCAAAGCUUGCGAUCUGCACUGUGAGCACGCUGCUCAGAGGAAGAUUUCAUCUGGAAUCACUGAAUGGAUGGGGAGACUCCAUGGAGAAUCUUUGAGGAAAGAACCAGCACUGCAGCCCGAGUCCUCAGAACUCAUCUCCUGUCCUGGGUGUAAGCGAGUAUACCUUACCAGGGAUGUAACUGAACAUUUUUUUCUGUGUGCUUCUACUGGGCGAUCCAAGAUGGCCAGGAACUGCUCCGAGUGCAAGGAGAAGAGGGUGGCGCACAUCCUGUGCACCUACUGCAACCGCUGGCUGUGCAGCUCGUGCACCGAGGAGCACCGGCACAGCCCUGCCCCCGGGGGCCCGCUCUUUUCCCGGGCCCACAAGGGACCGCCAGGAGUGAGUGGUGGUUCCGGAGACUUCGCCUUGUACUGUCCUCUACACACACAGGAAGUGCUCAAGCUAUUCUGCGAGACCUGUGAUGUGCUUACGUGCCAUAGCUGCCUCAUGGUGGAUCACAAGGAACACAGGUGCAGACAUCUUGAAGAAGUUUUGCAAAACCAGAGGAUGCUUCUAGAAAGUGUGACUACACAGGUGGCUCAUAAGAAAUCUAGUCUACAGACAUCUGCAAAACAAAUUGAGGACAGGAUUUUUGAGGUGAAACAUCAACAAAGGAAGGUGGAAAACCAAAUCAAAAUGGCCAAGAUGGUUCUGAUGAAUGAGCUGAACAAACAGGCCAACGGGCUCAUAGAGGAGUUGGAGGGCAUUACUAACGAGAGAAAGCGGAAGCUGGAACAGCAGUUACAGAGCAUCAUGGUUCUCAACCGUCAGUUUGAACAUGUGCAGAACUUCAUCAAUUGGGCUGUCUGCAGCAAAACCAGUGUCCCUUUCCUGUUCAGCAAAGAGCUGAUUGUGUUUCAGAUGCAGCGAUUGCUAGAGACAAACUGUAACACAGAUCCGGGCUCCCCCUGGAGUAUCAGAUUCACCUGGGAGCCUAACUUCUGGACCAAGCAGCUGGCUUCCCUUGGCUGUAUAACUACUGAAGGUGGACAGCUGUCCCAGGCAGCUACUCCUGCUUAUGGAAGCUUACAGGGACCGUCAUCUUUUUAUCAAAGCCACCAGUCCCCAGUGGCUCCGCAAGAGACUCUUAGCCACCCCUCGCACAAGUUCCAGUCUCCAGCACUGUGUUCCUCCUCUGCGUGCUGCUCCCACUGCUCCCCAGCCUCGCCCUCCCUCAAAGGCCAGGUCCCCCCACCCAGCAUACACCCAGCCCACGGCUUCAGGCAGCCCUCUGAGAUGGCACUGCAGCAACUGGGGUCUCUGCAGUGCUCUCCCCUGCUGCCCAGGGAGAAGGAGCUGGCUUGCAAUCCUCAGCCCCCAAAGCUGAUGCAGCCCUGGCUGGAAAGCCAGCCGUCCGGGGAGCACGAGAACCCAGCCCAGCGGCUCGGGCCGCAGCUGACUUCCCAGCCCGUAUGCAUCGUGCCCCCGCAGGAUGUUCAGCAAGGGCCCCAUGCCCAGCCCCCCUUGCAGACCCCCUCUAUCCAAGUGCAGUUCGGCCACCACCAGAAGCUGAAGCUCAGCCACUUCCAGCAGCCGCCGCUGCAGCAGCUGCCCCCCCUGCCCCCUCCGCCACCUCCACCCCAGCAGCCGCCGCCACCUCUACCUCCGCCCCAGCAGCCGGCUUCGAGUCAGCGUGGCAGCCCUCCUGGGCCUGCCUGUUCCCAGAACGUGGAUAUAAUGCACCACAAAUUUGAGCUGGAGGAGAUGCAGAAGGACCUGGAGCUUCUCCUUCAGGCUCAACAGCCCAGCCUACAACUGAACCAGACCAAAUCCCCUCAGCAUCUUCAGCAAACCAUUGUGGGGCAGAUCAACUACAUUGUGAGGCAGCCAGCGCCCGUCCAGUCCCAGAGCCAAGAGGAUGCUGUGCAGGCUUCAGAGGAGGCCCCGGCAUCGGAAGGCCCAAAGCCAGCUCUCCCUCUUGACAAGAAUACGGCUGCUAGCUCGCCCCAGGCGCCUGGGGAGGAAACCGCUCCCGGUGCACCCGCACUGGAUGGCACCAUCCGGCACCCCUCUCCAAAUGUGGUGAGAAAGCAUUCCACUUCAGUGAGCAUCAUGGGCUUUUCCAACACGCUGGAGAUGGAGCUGUCAUCUACCAGGCUGGCAAGGACCCUAGAGCCACAGAUCCAGAGCGUGAGCAGCCUGACUGCUGCCCCUUCCCACAUGGUCCCAAGCCUGCUGAGCGGCACGCCCACAACUGUGUCCGGCCUGAUGAGCGGUCAAAACCAGGCUAUGCCCAGCCUGACAGUCAGUCAUCUGCAGACCAUACCCAGCCUCAUACGCAGCGUGCCCCAGCCCAUGCCCGGUCUGAUGAGUGAUUCCUCCCAGGCCAUCCCAAGCCUAGGAAGUAAUCACUUGCCGGCCAGGCCCAACCCGAUGUCCGGUCUCACCCAGACUGUGCCGAGUCUGGCGACUUGUCCUCUGCAGAGCAUGCCUCCAGCAGCUGACAUGCAACCGGAAAGUGGUUCCAGCUGCAGUCCAGGCUCUGGCCGAGCUGGAGGGAGCCUGUGCCCUGCAGAUGGGGCUGACCCCUCUCUUGGGAAUGCCCUGUGUAAGAUGGAAAGUGAGGAUUCUACCCGCUUCACUGACUCUCUGGGACAAGACCCCACAACCCCGGGUCUGGAGGUUUCCAAGGAUGUGGCUAUGCCUGCAGAACUGGAGGAGCCAAUUAACCUCUGUGUGAAGAAACCUCCCCUGGCGCCAGCGGUCAGCACAUCCAUGGCUCUGCAGCAGUACCAGAACCCAAAAGAGCAUGAGAGUUUUGAGCAAGGAGCCCUGGAGCUGGAUGCAAAAGAGAACCAGAGUAUCAGGCCCUUCAGUAGUGAGCCUAAGAUUCCCUACGUGCGGCUGGAGCGGCUCAAGAUCUGUGCGGCCUCCUCAGGAGAGAUGCCGGUGUUCAAGUUGAAGCCCCAGAAGAAUGAGCAGGAUGGGAGCUUCCUGCUGAUCAUUGAGUGUGGCACUGAGUCCUCCAGCAUGUCCAUUAAGGUCAGCCAGAACAACCUGCCUAAUGCCGUCCAGGCCCCAAGUCUGGGGGGAAGAAAGGUCACUGUCACUUCUCUGGCUGGGCAGCAGCCCCCAGAGGCGGAGGGCGCAUCUCCUGAGGAACAAAGACUGAUUCCUCGGACCCCUGGAGCCAAGAAGGGGCCCCCAGUACCCAUAGAGAACGAGGACUUCUGCGCCGUGUGCCUCAAUGGGGGGGAGUUGCUGUGCUGUGAUCGCUGCCCCAAAGUGUUCCACCUCUCCUGCCACCUGCCAGCCUUGCUCAGCUUCCCGGGGGGAGAUUGGGUGUGUACCUUGUGCCGCAGCCUGACCCAGCCCGAGAUGGAAUACGACUGUGAGAAUGCCCGCUAUUGCCAGCCUGGGAUGCGGGCCACCCCUGGCCUGAGCGUCUGUGACCAGAAGAAGUGUGAAAAGCUGGUCCUGUCCUUGUGCUGCAAUAGCCUCAGCCUGCCCUUCCACGAGCCCGUUAGCCCGCUGGCCCGGCAUUACUACCAGAUUAUCAAGAGGCCCAUGGACCUGUCGAUCAUCCGGAGGAAGCUGCAAAAGAAGGACCCAGCUCACUACACCACCCCAGAGGAGGUGGUGUCCGACGUCCGCCUCAUGUUCUGGAACUGUGCGAAGUUUAAUUAUCCUGACUCAGAAGUUGCGGAGGCCGGCCGCUGCCUGGAAGUGUUCUUUGAGGGCUGGUUGAAGGAGAUCUACCCGGAGAAACGUUUUGCCCAGCCAAGGCAGGAGGACUCAGACUCCGAGGAGGUGUCUAGCGAGAGUGGGUAUUCCACUCCCCAGGGCUUCCCAUGGCCCCCCUAUGUGCAGGAGGGCAUCCAGCCCAAGAGGCGGCGGCGACAUAUGGAGAACGAAAGAGCAAAACGAAUGUCCUUCCGCCUGGCCAGCAGUGUCUCCCAGGUGUGAGCAGCCUGGUGGCUGGUGCCCCAUCCUGUCGACCACUCCUCCCCACCUUUCAGCUCAUUCUCUUCGGAUCGUGGAUGUGAGACGAGUCUUGUCGAGCUGUGUAGUGCUCUUCUUUGCCGUUUGCAUUUUACAGCAUUCAUUUGGGAGCCAUAGUGCAUCCACUACAGAGAAGAUUUCAGUAAUAAACAGCAAAGAGGGAGGUGUUCCCGAUUACCAGAAAAAUCAGAUGUGUAGGGUCCACUUGAUGAGCCCAUGCCCGGUCAGGCUCGGGAGGACCUAACUUCCUUGGUGACUCUCUCUGCUGAGGAAAGCAGACUUUUCUCACCUUUCAGCGUGCAGGGCUCGGGAGCAAUGUAUAUAUCUGAAGUCCUCUUGGGCCUCGAGGGGAGGAAAAGAAGGGAGAGAGGUUCUGACAUACGGCAGGCCCAUGAGCCCUGGCCCAGCACAGCCAAAGACUGUCACUGUUUGCCUUUGCUUGGCCUGCCGGGACAGGACGCUGCCUUGCGCAGGGUAAUGGAGGCUUCUAGAGGCCAGAGGUCUCAAUUGGUGCCUAUUUGGGUUCUAACGGUUUUCAGGGUAUUUGUUUCUCAUGCCCCCUCUCCCGAUGUUGACUUAGGUGGCUGAUGUGCUCUAGGUGGUAUGGCCUUCUCAACGGGGCCGGGUGGCUGUGCAGGGGCCGCUGACAGCUUCAGGCUCAGAUUUCACUGGCAGAGCCUGUCCUCUGUGCCACUGACUUUGGGUUCAUAGCUCUUCUUCAGUGUCAGAAUCUGCCUUCCUAGGAGUGACUGUCAGUGGCCAUCCCUUUGGUGUCUCCACUCGGAGGUUCGGACUCUGAGUCUACCUGGGAAACCUGAGAGGCAGGGGCUGGCCAAGGAGGCUGACCCAGAACCAGCUCACCCUGCUGGGCUUCUCCUCCUCUUAGAGAUCCUAGUCCCCAGCUUCCCCACUUUCACAGAGCCAAAGAUCAGAGGUGAGUGCUCUGACUCGCCUGCCCCCAGGCUGCCCGCAGCCCAGAAAAAGCCAAGACUCUAAUGGUAACCCUUUUCUGUUGGAGGCUGGAGAAGGCCAGAGGGUGAACCAGGAGCCCGAUCCAACCGCUCAUGGGGAGAUGUUCUGUCUAGGGUGGAGAAGGGGAAAACUGAGAGGUGAGGAGCCAGAGUCCUUCGGUGACCUUGAAGCAACUAAGAAUGCAGAGGGAAAUGUUCUGGAAGCCACAGGCAUGGGAAUUCCAGACUGCAUCUCGGAUAGAGUUGGCUCUUCAUGGUCCGUGCGGGGUGUUUGGGAGGAGGAGGCCCAGGCAGUUGCUGGGGGUCAGGCUACUUCGCCAGCAAGGACUCAGUUGAGAAGGAAGCUACUGCUGAUGAUGCUGGGGGAGCUGCAGAGCCGGCACUCCCGUGGCCUGGCCUGCAGACGCCGCUGUCUCUGGUCUCGUCGUGGCUUGGCUAAUUUCAAGGGAGUCUUAGGUCAUGGCUUUAUUUUUGCUAAGAGAUGAAGUUUAAGGAAGUUCUUGUGUGUAGGACCUUUGUCAAUGGGAACAUUCUGCUCGGAGAAAAUAUUUCUUCUCUCCUUGUCAGUUGGUGGUACUGCUCAUUUCCUUCGACACCCAGGCUGGGAGGCUGUCUUCACUUCAGAGCCAACCACGCCCUUGGCCCACCAUUCUUUCAUCAGCCCUUGCCAGGCUUUCCUGCACAGAUGGGCUUCCAUAGUCCUGUUUCCGAGUUUGGGGUAACUAAGUCUUUAAUGAGCCAGUAGCCAGGCAAUCUUUAGACCUAGCCCUCUGCUCUUUGGGGCGCACAUGACUCUCUGGAUUGGGCAUUGGCUACUUCCCUUUCAAUUUUUGAAUCUUUUCCCCUGUUUAGUUGACUUGGCAAGGUUCUCUCUGUACUUACCUCACUAAUUUAUGCUCUUGGUCAUCUUUUCUUUGUUGUGGCCCCCCACCCCCACCUCCCCUGCGUGAGCAUCAUGGUGCUAUGUGCCAGACAGUCAGGUAAGGGCUGUGUCAGCCUCAAAUCUGAUUGAGAUCCUUCCACAGGACCAACUGGAGGCCACAGAUACGAAGCAGAAUUGCCUGGCUAACUGCUUGGCUUCCCUUCUGUUACGUAUAGCAUGCUGGGCCAGGAGAUCUUAGUAAUGUGGUAGAGAGUCACAUAUUCCUUUCCCAUCGCAGAGACCCUGCAUGCUGAGAGGCCCACUUUCGGCACCUGAGCAGUCGUAGGGUGUCCUUUCCUGCAAGGGGGCGAGGCUGUGACCCACCACACCACCCCUGCACUGGUUACCCCACACCACUGCCCCCCCUCCCCGGGCUUUUCCUGUGGACUUAACACCAGCAUUUUGCGUCAUGGUCUUGUUUUGUUUUUGCAUGCAGAAAGCAGAACAUGACUUUUUAGAAAUUAAAAGAAAAAGCUGCUAGCUGAGUGACUGACCUCAUUGGCUAUUUGCUAAUGUCUGAGCUGAUCCUGCUUUUGACUUACUCCCAUAAUGGCCCCUUUUGAAGUCAGUCAAGUCCUUUGGCCCUUGACUAAGUCAUGAAAUGGAAAUACAGUGAGUUCUGGGUCCUCACAGUACAGAAUGCAGUCCUAGUGGAGAAAUGGGGCUCCUUGGAUGUGCUGAGGAAUAGGAGAGCAGAGUGGCUUCAGUGGAUAUGAGGGGGAUUUUAGUGCAAAAACUGGAGCAGGAUGAAUUGCACAGUACUCUUCCAGAACAUGGGUAGGCUGGCCCUACCUGACUUCUAGCAGUUGCCAACUACACCCCCUCUGCAGGUCCCCCUCCCACAGUGGCAGCUGCCUGACCCUCUGUAGGCUCUGCUCAAAGAUUUGGUGGGUUCUGGCUCACUGUGGCAACAGGUCUUUGCCUUGCUCCUGAGACUUAGACCUCUCCUCGUUUGUUCCCAGGCUCUGCUCUGCUCUCUUUCACUCCGUGAUGUCAUGUCACCUGUAGUCUUCUCUCCUGAAUUCCUGAAAUGAGACUUUGCUCCUUCGGGAUCAUCUCCCCCAUGCUUCCUCUUCUCCCACUCCCUCACUGCUGUUAACUGAAAUUGCCUGCUCCUUUAGCCCAGUUCCCUGACCUCCUCUCUUUGUCUCAGCCUUCACUUGGGCUGCUUCCUCUCCCUAGCCUAAACCCGUGGCCCAUCACACACGAACAUUUUUAUCAGGAUCCUGAACUUUCUUAUCCUCCCCAACUCAAACCUUGCCCUGAAACUGUCAACCGUUCUCCAUUUUUGGCAUCUGCUUAUUUUCUGAUCCCUCCUCCUGGGUUGCUAAGCAUGACAGCUUCAUAGUUGACACCUUCAGUUGGGCUGUCAACAUUGAUGGGUAUAUCUUUGGCUUGUAAUUAUGCUGCUAUCUGUCCAUGCGCCUCAUCUUUGCUCUCAGCAAGUGACUGACCCCAUUGCCUACUUUACAGAACAGAGUCCCUAAAGUGAGAACCUCCUUGCCCACUUGCUCUUCUCUACCUCCCAUCUGUCUGUGUCUGCAUCCCUCCGCAGAUCCUUGCCUUCUGCUCCCGUUUGGUGCUCUGUUUCUUGAAUCCUGCUCUAUGGCCUCCAAGACUUAUCCCUUAUCCCACCGUUCCCACUUCCUGGGGCCUCAACCUCCCUCUCCAUCAGUGGCUCCACAAAGCCUCCAAACAAGCAGAGGUCUCCCCCAGACUAAAACAAAGCUUCUUAGAGUCGGUUGCCCCUUACCCAUUUUCCUUAUUAGCCAAGUUUCUUUAAAAAAGGAUUUUUUUCAUUAAUCCUUUUCACUUUUCAACCCUCCACAGCUUUUCAUAAGAGUCACCAGUGACCACCCAGUUACCAAAUCGAAAGAAUACCUUUCAGUCCUCAACUGUCUUGAUGUCUCCACAUUUCACACCACCCACCCGUUGCUCUUUGAGACAACCCCUUCACAUGGCUUUUUUUUUUUUUUAAAGAUUUUAUUUAUUUAUUUGAGAGAGAGAGAAUGAGAGAGAGAGAACACCUGAGAGGGGAUAGGGUCUGAAGACGAAGCAGACUCCCUGCCAUGCAGGAAGCCCGAUGCAGGACUCAAUCCAGGGACUCCAGGAUCAUGACCUGAGCCGAAGGCAGUCGCUUAACCAACUGAACCACCCAGGCGCCCCACAUGGCUUUUCUGACACUGCAGGUGUCUGGGUUAUUCUCUUACCUCUCGGCCACAUAGGCUGAGCCUUUCUUGAAGUCUUGACAAGGGAACACAUCUGCAGCUCCUUGCGGUCUCCCCUCUUCAGUCACUGGGCCGUCAGGAGGAAGCCUGGCUGUUCCUGCCCCCCACCCUCUGGGUCCGCCUGUUUUCCUUGAGUCCGUUUCUCUCCCUGGACUCUGUUCUCCCCAUGCCAGUCAUGUUUAUAAGCUCUCCUGGGAGGACAGCAUCUGCAAGCCUUUCCCUCUGCCUUUGCCAGUGUGGCAUGGAGACAGAUUUUAGCUAUAUUCGCCAAGAGGUCCCAUCCAAAUCAGCCUGAGAAUGUGGAUUGAGUCUUACCAAGAAGCAGUUUGGUAAAUGGGAUUCCCAGGCUGGUGGGCAGCUCGUCGCCAUGAUCCCCAUACCAGUUAGAGCCAGCCACAGUUGGUGAGGCACUGGGGAUCAUGAUAAAACACGUUUCCAUGCAUGGGUCAUUGUGCUACUGGUCAGGAGGAGGAUCCUGGCAGGGUGGCUGUCUGCCACUAGUAUUGUUCUGGUCGAGGGAAAACUGAGAAGUGCCGGGAUUCAUCCCUUGCUUCAGCUGGGCCUCUUUUGGCCAGGUCUGUCCCAUCUGUACUGAUAUCAGCCCCGGCAUGCUCCAGCUGUUCCUAGAGCUGGACGCAGAUGUCGGGUGUUUUCUUGGAGGUGGGGUGAGAUAGUAGAAAGUGACCUGAUUUGAGAUGCUGAACACCUCAAUUUUGGCUCUGCCAGUUAUGAGCCAUGUGACACUGGGUACAGUUUCCCCAUCUAUGAAGUUGGUUGGGGGAGGGGGUUGAAAACAGUGAUCUCUCAGAGGCUGUGCUACUGGAAAGCUGGUGGUAGUGAUUCUAACUCUAAAGCUCAGGCCCCACCGGGAGCAAUUAAUGGGGGUAGGACAUAGCUGGGGAGUCUUGGCCAAGGCAGGACAAAGGGACUCACAGGCUAGACUGAGCUGCUUUGAGGAAAGCAGCUUUGAGCUGCUUCUUGAGCCAUAUGCCCAUUCCUCAAGCUGCACCUCUUUCUUGGAUAUCUAGGGUGAGUUCCUCUUGGGCCUUUUCCAGAAGUGGCCAUUGGAUCCCAAGUGGUUGAGGGCAGGAGGGAGGAAUAUUGUAAAGGGAAAUGUCACUGAUCUUAAAAGGACUUACACAUUCAAGAACAAAUUAAAAAAUAGCACUUUUCUUUACCAAUAAUUGUGUCCUGGAGUGUUUCUUCAGUAAUUAUGGUCGAACCUACUUCAUGGUCUUCUUGCCCCUAGACUCCACAUCAUGAAGAACACAAGGUGGGCAAGAAUAGACUGGGAAACCUUCCAUCCAGGGAAGAACUCAACUCUGCGCUUCUUGUUGCACGAACACAGCCCAUUCCUCAAGAUUCAGGCAAUGAGUCUGAGGCAGAGUUAGGGGAAAGCCAUCUUCUGAGUG